CUCUCGCUCCGCUCCUGACGUCAGCGAGUGCAGAUCCUGGCGCACUCUCCCUCUCCUCUCCAUUGUGAUCAGACGAACGAUGCGAUCGCUCGCAGCCAUCGCCGCCGCCCAUUAGACACCCCCAGCCCGAACGCUUAAGCGAAACCGACCCCGGAGAGCUCGCCCAGCCCAGUCCACCCCAGCUCUGUGCCAACAGCAGCCGAGUCAGUUUUUGAUGCAUUAGAGGAGAACUUGAAAGACGAAAGAAGACGAAAGAAGAAAGCAAGCAAGAAAAAGAAAGAACAGAGAGCGAGCGAGAGAGAGAGAGAGAGAGAGAGAGAGAGAGAGAGAGAGAGGAAAGGGGCUUGCUGGUUUUCAUAUCUUGUGUAUUUGGAGAGUGAGCCGAGGUUUUGAUAACCAUGGGAUGUACACUUAGCGCAGAGGAACGAGCUGCCAUGGAAAGGAGCAAGGCGAUCGAAAAAAAUCUCAAAGAGGACGGAGUCAGCGCUGCAAAAGAUGUCAAAUUGCUCCUGCUCGGGGCCGGUGAAUCCGGGAAAAGCACCAUCGUAAAGCAGAUGAAGAUUAUCCAUGAAGAUGGCUUCUCUGGAGAUGACGUAAAGCAGUACAAACCGGUGGUCUACAGCAACACAAUCCAGUCCCUGGCAGCUAUCGUCCGUGCAGUCGAUACCCUGGGCAUUGAAUACAGUGACAAGGAGAGAAGAGCUGAUGCCAAGAUGGUGUGUGAUGUGGUGAGCCGGAUGGAGGACACAGAGCCCUACUCUCCCGAGCUCCUGUCAGCCAUGAUGAGACUGUGGGCAGACUCCGGCAUGCAGGAGUGCUUCAACCGGGCCCGUGAAUAUCAGCUCAACGACUCUGCCAAAUACUACCUAGACAGCUUAGAUCGAAUCGGGGCUGCAGACUACCAGCCGACAGAGCAGGACAUCCUGAGGACCAGAGUCAAGACAACUGGAAUCGUAGAAACUCACUUUACAUUUAAAAAUCUCCACUUCAGGCUUUUUGAUGUGGGAGGCCAGCGAUCAGAAAGGAAGAAAUGGAUUCAUUGCUUUGAGGACGUGACAGCGAUUAUCUUCUGCGUGGCGCUCAGUGGCUACGACCAGGUGCUGCAUGAAGACGAGACCACGAACCGCAUGCAUGAGUCUCUGAAGCUAUUUGACAGUAUCUGUAACAACAAAUGGUUUUCUGACACCUCCAUCAUCCUCUUUCUAAACAAAAAGGACAUAUUUGAGGAGAAAAUUCUGAAAUCCCCACUGACUAUCUGCUUUCCAGAGUACACAGGCCUGAACUCCUUUGCCGAGGCUGUGGCGUACAUCACUCUGCAGUACGAGAGCAAGAACAAGUCUCCCAGCAAGGAGAUCUACUCUCACAUCACCUGCGCCACCGAUACCAAUAACAUCCAGUUUGUCUUUGACGCUGUAACAGACGUCAUUAUCGCUAACAACCUGCGGGGCUGUGGAUUGUACUAGGGGCAGACAAAGACACCAAAAUAAAGAGUUCUUUCUCUUCAGGUUUACAUCCACAAGUGUGCAGCCGGUGGAACUGUCUCACUGGGCUGAUCUUAACAGCGGUUAAAACUUCUCCCUCGUAUCUAGGAACACUUUCUUCUUUUCUAUAGUAGCCUAUAGCUACAUCUUCUUAAAAAUCCUUCCUUUUCACUGCACUAAGAAACCAAAAGCUUUUAAAAAUAACUUAACAAACUUAGCCUAAUUAGAGGUGCAGGUUUAAAACAAAUGACAAGAGUUUACCAUUUGAAACUGGGAUUCUGUUAGUGGUGUCAGUGCUCUGUAGAGAUCAUGUGAUCGCGCAGGAUCCACAGUACAGUAACGGUCAUUUCUCUCAGCCGUCAAACACCUGUCUAAAUAUAAUACGUUGUUGAUUUAAAAACUUGCCAGAAAAAAUAUGCUGUACACUGAACAUUUUCUAAAAAGAGUUUUAAUUUAAAUGAAGUUAAUCUCAUAAUAUGAAGGUUUUUAUUUCUAACUUUGUGUCUUUGGGCAACCCAUCCAGGGAUAUAAUAUACAUUUAAUAUCAAACACUCAAGCAGGGGCCCCAGAGGAUGCCCGUCAAGCAGGUGUUUACAGCGUGCAAGACUGCCAAACGUUGUUUGCGUUUUCUUAUUUUACAAGAUGUACGUUGUCAGUUAGGACGGAGUGACGCGUGCAUCUUUAGAAUGCAACGUGACGUGAACGCUCUUCAGUGUAUUUGUAAAUAAUGUGACUUCGUGUCUUUGAUUUUCACUGUAUUAAUUGUAAAGUUGGGGUCAGUCACAUAUCUGAUUUAACAGCUCACACUUUGCUAUCUAAAUUGCCUUGUAUUUAGUUUACGCGGUGUUAAAAGCAGGGGAGGUGGGUGUGGCCAUUAGAGCAUUGAGUGUGUUUACAGUUUGUCUCGGGUGUGCUAACACAUAGGUGCUUUUAUAGGCUCAUUUAUAGACUAUUAAGAGUCCGUUUCAAAUGUCAGUGUUAAUAUUUUGACUGCAAUAUUAGUUACAGCGCAUGUAAACUUUACUACAAUGAACUACCAAAUGCACAUCCUGCUGACUUAAUGGAUUCCAAUAGUGCAACCUCCUGUAACAAUUCAAACUUGAGCGUUUGUACCAGAGCUGUGUUGAUACCAUGCAGUAUACUCAGAGAGAGAGCAGAGAGACUGAUGCAUGUUCUUUGCCUUCUACUGUAGAAGUAUUACUGAAAGUGUUUGUGACAUUCAGUGAGGGAUGUGUGUUUGCUUUUGGAAAGGCAAACAUUCAGUUGGCUGGCACACCCCACACCUGCCUGUUGAGAUACGUGCCAAAAUAUCCACUGUGCUGCUUGCUCGAGUCUAAAGUCACUGUGGCCUUGAAAUGUUUCUCGAAUCAGGCACCUCCUUAUUAUCGCUUAACGUGGCGCUAUCACACGUGAUUUACCUGACCUUACUCAUAUUCUGCAGACUUGCAAGGCUUUUAAUGUCAGACCAUGCAGGAGAUAUCUUAUCUAUUUCACCCAAGCAAGCAGAGCUUCAGUGUGAUCAGAUGUGCCACUUGUCUGAUUGGCUCAUUUAAACCGUUGGUUUUUUUUAUUGCCUUUCAGAUAUUCAGUCUUAAAAGUUUGCAAAGCUGUUGCAUUGAGAAUCCUUAGAAAAAACAUUUUGAACCUCAUAGACUGCCAAUCAGUCAUUAAUGAUAGACGCUAACUUAAGCUCUUGAAGCUGUCACUGUAACGCCGGUCUUGAGAACUGCUUGUCCCAUUUAUAAUAAUAAAACUUGAUGUGGAAAUGUAAUUUAGCACAAUGUCUUGCCAGCGAAUCUUUGGAACUUCUGCCUAAAUCUAAUGACAUUUUGUUAUAAGAAAAGACUCAAUUUACUGUGAAUGUAGGAGUGGUGAUGUUCAGCAGGUCUGGUGAAUCUUGGCUGCUCACUCAGAUUCCAUGAAGCGUUUUGCUAUUGUAAUUUAUUCUGCAAUGUAAGUCAUACAAAACAUUU